GACGGAUUACAUACUACAGUACUUAGUUCAAUCCGACGCACUUUCAAAGCCCACACAUACUGCAAUUUUUCUGUGACAAGUUGCUAUUCCUAAAAAUUAGACCAGAAGUAGACUUCCAUGCGUGUCUUAAUUCUGGGAGCAACAGGCGCAGCAGGUGUCCUCCUCAUCCAGGAAGCACUCGCAGCAUCGCACACAGUGGUCGUAUACGCACGCACGCCCGAGAAACUUCCAGAGGAAACUAGGAAUGAUCCUCGUGUCACAAUGCGUAAGGGCCAGCUUGAUGAAAGAGAGGCCCUUUCAUCCGCCAUCAAGGGCGUUGAUGCUGUCCUGUCUGCUCUGGGGCCAUCGGUCUCGCGCGGACCUUUGCACCCAAAGGGCACACCUCUUGCGCGGGCAUAUUCUCUGAUCAUUGAACUCAUGAAACGCCAUGGCGUGCGCCGCCUACUGGCCCUUGGGACGCCAAGCAUAACGGAUCCGAUCGACAAAUUCAGUCUGCGAAUGUCCAUCAUAGUCAAUACCGUAGCCACCCUGGCACAUACAGCAUAUGAGGAUGUUGUGGCCAUUGGCGAAACCAUUCGGAUCCAAGGAAUUGGUUUAGAUUGGACGAUUGUCCGCGUACCCGUGCUAAGUGGGUCAGAUGACAAAAGGUUUGUUGCAGGCUAUGUGGGAGACGGGAAAACAGGGGUAUGGCUAACAAGGGCAGGGUUUGCAUCAUUCGUUGUACAAGAACUAGAGAAGAACGAGUGGGUGAAGAAAGCACCGUUGAUCACAUUGCCUUGACCUUACAAAUUUCCAUUCUUUCAAUGACCAAUGUAGGACUAUCCCCAUGACUGUACAUUUUUUUGAAAUCAGUUGCCA